AUGGAUCAAAUUAAAGAAUAUUCUUCAAAAGCAGAAGACAUUCUUGAAGCAAUUUCUCAACCUUUUAAACCCCAUAUUCCUGCAAUAGCUCGUUUUCUUAUUGUUGCUACAUUUUUAGAAGAUGCAUUAAGAAUUUUAUUUCAAUGGAAUGACCAAUUAUACUAUCUUGAAAGACUGAGACAUAUUCCAUGGGGCUUAACACAUCUUUUUUUGUUUGGUAAUGUUGUUGCAAUGUUUAUAGGCUCAUUCUUGAUAAUCAAAAGAAAAUAUCCAGAAUAUGCAGUUCUUAGUUUAUUCCUAGUAAUAUUAUCACAAUCAAUUGGAUAUGGUUUAUUUUUUGAAUUAAAUUUCUUUUUAAGAAGUCUCUCAGUAACUGGUGGUCUAUUAAUGGUAUUAUCUGAUGCUUUCUCAAAAAGAAAAUCUGUAUUUGCUGAUCUCCCACAAUUAUCAGAGCUACUAUUUCUUUCUGUUUUUAAUGUAUUUAUCAAUAAUUUUUGGUCAGCUCAUCAUGCUGAUUCACAACGUGAUUUCUUGAAAUAUGAUUUCUUUCAAACUCUUAGUAUUGUUGGUGGAUUGUUAUUAUUAGUAAGCAUGGGUCCUGGUGGGAUUUCAAUUGAUGAGAAGAAGAAGGCAUAUUAA